CUUAAUAGACAGAGCGCCUCUGACAAGCGUAGAAAAAGUUCCAUCAACAGCCGCCAUUUUGCCUGUACGCGCUCGCGUUGGAUAUUCGGCGAGAUUGGCUGUGCAAUCCGGUCGCGAAGGGCCUCUUCAGCGGGUGCGUGCGUUCGGGCGCGGCUACUUUGCGCGCGGAUGCCCCGAUCGGCGUGAGGAUCGCGGCCCGUCGCCAUCCUGGCGUUUCCUCGAGUCCCCGAGCCCGCCGACCAUUGUGCCAUUGUGUGUGCGCGAGUGUUAGUUCGGGUAGCGAUGUCGAGAGGGAAGCGUAGUCUGCACGUCGGACUGGUCUGCCCGCACGCAUUAAUUAUGGCCGACGGGUGAGCAUCGCCGCCGCGCGAAUAAUGUGCCUUGUGAGAUGCCCAGGCACUCGAACACUAGGACAUUCGGAAAACGCCGCCACCCGAGGCCGACGCGCCGUGCGUCCCGCUCGUGAAUCAUGUGUUUCGACGCGUCGCCGCGCCGCGUUCUUGGAUCGCCGUCGCCGUCGUAAUCGCCGCAGCCGCAGCCAGUGCGGAGCGUAUUGACGACCGCUUUCAUACAUACAGACGGAGCCCGCCGAGGGCCGAGGGCGCCAACCGAACAAUAAGCGUGAGUGCGCGCGUGCAUCCUGCGGCCGCCGCCGCCUCUUCGACCGCCGCUAUGGCCGAUCAUCUCGUCGACGGCCCGCCAAGCGCCAAGCGGCAGAAGCUGGACCCCUUUCAGGGCCCGUCGGACUCUUCAGUGAUGCAACAAGCUUACAACAACUAUGCGCUGGGGCCCGGACACGGCCAGGUCCUCGUACAAACACUUGGUGGUGGCCAAUCGAAUCCAACUCAGCAAUGGGGAGCACCCCCAUACCAGCUCCAAAAUGUCAUCAACAUGUUUGACCUGGAGAAGGACCUGCCCGACGAGCUCAUGUCCGGCGGCAGCUGGGGCAUGCCGGACAAUAUGGGCAACAGUAAACCGCCGGCGCAGGGCCCGGGUCCCGGUCAGAUGCAGAAUGGCAUCGAUACCGACGCGCCCAACUCACUUCGGCAAAUGCAACAAAUACACAGUCAUAUGCUACAGGGAAAUAAAGGAAUUGUUGGUAACGCGUUGGGCAUGGGCGGACAGUUAGGGAGCAAAAGUCCCAAUCUUCAGUCGCCCCCCAAUGUAGCAAAGGCUACCGCCGAGCAAAUUGCGAUGGCCAGUAUGCCUAAUAAUGUCGGCCUCCAGAGCAUGGCUAACAAUGGUAGUUCGCCGCAAGUUAUGAGCUCUAUUCAAGGAAUGAAUAACAGUGGUGGUAACAUGGUAAUGACGAACAGUAAUAUGAACACCAUGCCAGGGAUGACCGGAGGUGGUAUUGUCGUGAGCAGCGGUAAUAAACCACUAGGCGCCGCCAAUAACAUGAUGGGCGCACAGGGACAUCAUCCGGGGCCCGGCAACCACCAGGUACCGCAGGGUAUGCAGAAUGGGCCGAUGAUGAACGCCCGUCUUGGCAUGCCGACGAUGAACCAGCGCGUGCCUGGACCGCAGGGUGUGCACGGUAUGGGACCCCGCAUGCACAUGCCCAUGGGCGGCGGGCCCGUCAACCAAAACAUGCCCGGCGGUGGUCCGUACUAUCAAAAUCCCAACGGCGGUGUUGGCGGACCACAGGUUCAAGUCGUUGCACCUCAAAGAGCUGGAGGAGCCGGUAUCCAACAACAACGAUUUGUUGGACCUAGUGGACCGGUAGGUCCUCCAGGUGGUGGAGGAGCGGGAGGCGAAGGUGGUAUGGCGCAAACGCAACCACCAGCGCCCUCGCCUGCUCAGCCACAGUCUGGUGCGCCGAGUGGGACACAACCAGGACCGCAAACCGCCACGCAGAACCAAGUUGGUGGAACACCUGCACCCACGACUGCUCUGUCCGUAGACCCCGAGAAGCGCAAGCUCAUCCAGCAGCAGCUGGUGCUGCUGCUUCACGCGCAUAAGUGCCAGCGGCGGGAGUCGCAAGGCAACGGUGAGGUGUACUGUUCGCUGCCGCACUGCAAAACAAUGAAGAACGUGCUCAAUCAUAUGACGACGUGCCAGGCGGGAAAGAGCUGCACGGUACCGCACUGCAGCUCGUCGCGUCAGAUCAUCAGCCAUUGGAAGCAUUGCGUGCGCAGCGACUGCCCGGUUUGUUUGCCGUUGAAGCAAGCGGACAAGAACAGAAAUAAUCCAAAUACAACUACAACAACACCACAAAGUACGCAAAGUCCGAACCCAUCACCGUCGGAUAUGCGAAGAGCAUAUGAUGCCCUAGGCAUUCAGUGUCCCACGACGGGGGCGGGCCCAACGCCGCCAGCAGGGUUGAUUGUAGCACAACAGCAGCAACGCCCUGGACUGCGGAUGGUAGGUGCAAAUAUGCAAAAUAUUGCGCCUGGUGGUGCCGCAGGCAUGGGCGGCGUGAGAGUUUUAGCACCUCCGCAAAACCAAGUCGCACCCAAUGUUAGUUUACCUCUUGGGAGUGACCCCACACCAGCGGCGCUUCUGCAGCAACAGAAUGCCGCCGCGCAGACAGCCGCCAACCUUCAUAAUAUGCAACAGAGUGCGCAACUCUUCGAACAGAACAAUGCUGCCGGUUUGAUGAAUCCUGAUAAUCGGGUGCAACUACCCGGUGGUCUGCAGCCGGGACAAGUGACUGCAACGCCUGUGCAAGGUACGAAAGAAUGGCAUCAGCAUGUGACGCCCGAUCUCCGCAACCAUCUGGUACACAAACUCGUGCAGGCAAUUUUCCCCACACCCGAUCCGCAGGCAAUGCUUGACAAGCGUAUGCACAACCUUGUAGCGUAUGCGCGUAAAGUUGAGGGCGAUAUGUACGAGAUGGCAAACUCGCGCUCUGAGUACUACCACCUGCUUGCUGAAAAGAUCUAUAAGAUCCAGAAGGAGUUGGAAGAAAAACGCCAGAAGCGAAAAGAGCAGCAACAACAACUGCAGAAGGCGAAUCAACCGCAGAUCCUACCGACGUUACCUCCCGGCCAACAACCGGUGCCCGGCGGCGUGCGGCCUGGAGUUCCCGGAGUACCGGGAGCAAUGCCGCCUACACCAUCACCUUCGCUGCCCAACAACUCCCCCGCAAUGGGUGGCAUGGGCAAUGUGAUAAACCCGCAACAACAGCCCCAACAGCAGCAAGCUAACAUUCGCAUGUUAUUCUCCGGUCAGAAUACGCCAACGGGUCAGCCACUUGUGGUGGGUUUGCCUGGACCAUCACCAACGGCGUCGAACAAUCCGGGGCUGUCGCCGUUUAGCCAACCUAUGUCGCAAAAGCCACAGCAACAACCGCAACAGGCUAAUGUCGGCACGCCCACCUCGCAACAGCAGCAAUCGCAACAACAGACGCCGUUUACCAGCACGUCGAAUGGCCCUACAUCAUUACCACAGACUUCGCCCGUCGGCGUCGUUAGUUCCGGCCCCGCCACCACUACACAGUCGCAGUCACAGCAACAGCAGUACAACGAUGUGGCGAAGAACAAUCGCCUCGCGCCUUCCCCGUCGACAUUCAACCUACAGCCCAAUAGUGGCAUGCCGGGCAGUCAACCGAACAACGCACGCAUGCCGACUCCCUCCGAGCCACAUACGACCACGCCGCAUACGGCCGGCCCGAAAUCGGUGAGUUCGUCGCGAGGCGCCAGUCCAGCGCCGCCGACGCCCAUUGUUUCCUCCUCACCGGCACCGACAGCUGCCAGUUUGGGUAAGGGCAUGUCCUCAAGCGAAAGACAAGCUCAAUCGCAACCGUCGCGAAGCAGCAUGUCAUCGAUCAUGUCAGCGAUCACCGCCGCUGCUGAAAGAGAAGAUGAUUCGCCGCCAGCGUCCAACGGGGGCGCUGGAGGUGGUAAGCUGGAUCAGAUUAAGCAGGAGGACAACAGCAUGGAUAACAUCAAACAAGAGGAUAUGAGUGACACCUCCAACGGACACAUCGAAGGUGGCAAGGGUUUUAAGACUGAGAUAAAGCGACAGAUCAAGACGGAGCCGAUGGACGAGAGCGAUCAUCCGAUCAAGCAGGAGGACGAUAUCAAGAAGGAGGUUAUGUCGACGGACAUCAAGCACGAAAUGGACAUGAUGUCGAUAAAGAAGGACGGCAAAAAAUGCAUUUUCAAAUCCGACGAGUUAAGGCAGAAGUUGAUGCCGACUCUAGAAAAGCUCUACAGACAAGACCCGGAGAGUAUACCAUUCCGGCAGCCGGUCGAUCCGCUGUCGUUAGGUAUACCGGACUAUUUUGAGAUUGUAAGACAACCCAUGGAUUUGUCAACAAUCAAGAGAAAGCUCGACGUUGGUCAGUACACUGAUCCCUGGGAGUAUGUGGAUGAUGUGUGGCUGAUGUUUGACAACGCGUGGUUGUACAAUAGAAAAACAAGCAAAGUGUUUCGAUAUUGUACAAAGCUAUCUGAGGUAUUUGAAAAAGAAAUCGAUCCGGUGAUGCAAAGCAUGGGUUAUUGCUGCGGACGAAAGUACACUUUCAAUCCGCAAGUACUUUGCUGUUAUGGUAAACAAUUGUGUACCAUUCCCAGGGAUGCUAAGUACUACAGCUACCAAAAUAGUCUUAAAGCUUAUGGUCUUGGAUCCAACAGAUACACGUUCUGCCAAAAGUGUUUCAACGACAUUCAGGGCGACACCGUCACGCUGGGCGAUGAUCCGACUCAAGCACAAACCGUGAUAAAGAAAGAUCAAUUCAAAGAGAUGAAGAACGACCAUUUGGAACUGGAACAAUUUGUGAUAUGCGAGUGCGGGCGCAAACUACAUCAGAUCUGCGUGUUGCACCACGAGAACAUUUGGCCGUCGGGUUUCACUUGCGAGGAAUGCCACAAAAAGAAGGCGAGUAAGCGCAAGGAGAACAAGUUCAAUGCCAAACGCCUUCCAGCGACUAAACUCGGCGUGUAUAUCGAACAUCGCGUUAACAAUUUCCUCAAGAAGAAAGAGGCCGGUGCUGGUGAGGUGCAUAUCCGUGUUGUCUCCAGUUCUGAAAAGACGGUGGAUGUUAAACCGGGCAUGCGCAGUAAAUUUGUGGAUACCGGCGAGAUGAACUCCGAGUUUCCGUACCGCGCUAAGGCGCUUUUUGCUUUCGAGGAGAUUGACGGCACGGAUGUGUGCUUCUUUGGCAUGCACGUGCAAGAAUACGGCUCGGAGUGUCCUGGUCCGAAUACGCGGCGCGUUUACAUCGCCUACCUGGAUUCUGUACAUUUCUUUAAGCCACGUCAAUUCCGUACCGCGGUGUACCAUGAAAUUCUCCUCGGAUAUAUGGACUAUGUGAAGAAACUGGGAUAUACGAUGGCUCAUAUUUGGGCUUGCCCGCCUUCCGAAGGGGACGAUUAUAUCUUCCACUGCCAUCCAUUGGAACAGAAAAUUCCCAAGCCGAAGAGAUUACAAGAUUGGUAUAAAAAGAUGCUUGAUAAGGGAAUAAUCGAGCGCAUCGUCUUCGACUACAAGGACAUUCUCAAACAAGCAAUGGAAGACAAUCUGCGUUCUGCUGCUGAAAUGCCGUACUUUGAGGGAGAUUUUUGGCCCAACGUGCUUGAGGAGAGCAUCAAGGAGUUGGAUCAGGAAGAGGAAGAAAAGCGGAAGCAGGCAGAGGCUGCAGAAGCCGCCGCUAUUUUCUCCCUUGGUGCUGAUUCUGAUAUUGGUGCUGAUGGUAAGAAAAAGGGUCAGAAGAAAGCGAAAAAGAGCAACAAAUCGAAGGCCAAUCAACGGAAGAAUAGCAAAAAGAGUAACACUCCCCAAACCGGCAAUGAUCUUUCGGCGAAGAUUUUUGCAACGAUGGAAAAGCACAAGGACGUAUUCUUUGUAAUACGAUUGCAUUCGGUGCAGUCGGCGGCAAGUCUUGGUCCCAUUCAGGAUCCAGAUCCGUUCAUAAACUGCGAUCUCAUGGAUGGCCGUGAUGCGUUCCUUACCAUGGCGCGCGAGAAGCACUACGAGUUCUCGUCGCUACGGCGCGCUAAGUAUAGUACCAUGUCGAUGUUGUACGAGUUGCAUAAUCAGGGACAGGAUAAGUUUGUGUAUACAUGCAACAACUGUAAAGGGCACGUGGAAACACGGUAUCACUGCACUGUGUGUGAUGAUUAUGACUUAUGCAUCCAGUGCUACGAGAAGGACGGUCAUCCGCACAAGAUGGAGAAAUUGGGCUUGGGAUUGGAUGACGAAUCAUCACCGGGCGAUAGCAAACAGGCGAACCCGCAAGAGGCGCGCAAGUUGUCGAUUCAAAGGUGCAUUCAGUCGUUGGUGCACGCGUGCCAGUGUCGCGACGCCAAUUGCCGCCUGACGAGCUGCUGCAAGAUGAAGCGCGUGGUCACGCAUACGAAGGUGUGCAAACGCAAGACGAAUGGCGGAUGUCCCAUCUGCAAACAGCUCAUCGCACUCUGCUGUUAUCACGCUAAGCACUGCCAAGAGUCGAAGUGUCCGGUGCCCUUCUGCUUAAAUAUUAAACAUAAACUUAAACAGCAACAACUUCAGCAGAGACUUCAACAAGCGCAAUUGCUGCGUCGUCGCGUUGCCGCGAUGAAUACGCGAACGGUUGCGCCCACAAGCGCACUUCCCACCAACAACGUACCCAUGGUUACGAAUGUGCCGAGCGUUGUGCCGCCAGGUGCGGUGAGCCCUUCGAUGAACACCAAUGCGCUGGGAGCGGCAGGUUUAGGCGUGCAGAGUCCACAUCAACCGGGUAUCGGAUUGAAACCCGGUACUCAGACGCCACCGGCAAACGUGCUGCAGGUAGUAAAGCAGGUGCAGGAGGAAGCUGCUCGUCAACAAGCGCCAAAUGUCAGUUACGGCAAGGUUAAUCCCGGUUGUGUGCCUGGGCCGAAUAUGCCACCACCGCAGAUGCAACUGCAGAGGCAGAUGGGUGCACAUAUUGGUGGAAAUCAAGGUGGGACAAAUCUGAUGCCAAUGGAUCAGUGGCAACAACGCUAUCCCAGCACACAGGGUCAAGCGAUACGGCCACAAGGUCCUCCGGUGCUGCACCGACAACCGCAGAUGGGCGGCGAUCAUAUUCAGGGCGGAACUCCGGCGUUACGACCGACGGUAGGCAACAUCCAGCAACAGCCCGGAGCCGGCAAUAUUCCACACAAAGCUGCCAUUCAACAAUUGAUGCAGACUCUGCGAUCACCGCAGAGCGACGAACAACAACGCCAAUUGUUGCAUAUUCUCAAGAGCAAUCCACAGCUUAUGGCUGCUUGCAUCAAGCAGAGACAAGCUCAACAAGCACAACAGCAGCAAGGUGCAGCCGUUGUUGGCAACAAUUCAGCACAGCCCCCACUGCAGCAUCUACUCGGCCAGCAGCAGAACCCCACGCAAAUCAACCGCAUGCAAAUGCAAUCACAGCAGCAACAACAGCAGAUGCUUGGCCACAGUGGACCCGCCGGUGCCGCGCAAGGCAACCCCGGUGCACAACAAGUAACGCAGCAGCAAUGGUAUAAACAUCAACAGAUGAUGCGAGCGCAGCAACAACAACAGCAAGCGCAGCAGCAGCAACAACAACAACAACAGUUCCAGCAACCGAACGCACCGCCUACCUAUCCUCGUCUGCCCGCCAUCAAUCGACAAGUUCCGAUGGGUGGCUACAACAAUUCCUUCGGCGACCAACAGUACCCCCCGCAGAUGCAGGCGAUGCGACCAUCGCCAUCACCCGUGGCAUCGCCGAUGGGCCCGCCCAUAUCGGUCCAGCAGCAGCAGCUCAUGCAGAGCGUGCGCUCGCCGCCGCCUAUCCGUUCACCACAACCGAACCCAUCACCGCGGCCAGCGCCCAGCCCUCGCAACCAGCCGGUACCGAGCCCGCGCGGUCCCCAGCCGUCGCCGCAUGAUCUCGCUUCCUCUGAGAUGUUGCUUGGGCAAAAUCACUCCAAUCAACAGGACGACGUACCUCCGAUGACGCCGCAGGAUCAGCUAAGCAAGUUUGUGGAACAGCUUUAGUGGUGAGUGACACUUUAAACAACGCAACGUUCUGCUCGCGACCUGGUGCUGUGCGGCGUCUGUAUUUAUUCUGAGAAGCGAACUGUGGUCAGCGCUCGUGUUUGUAAGUUAUGUAUAAAGUAGGUUUAAGGUUUUCCCAAAAUGAGGUCUGUGCGUGUACGAGCGAGCGAGAGGACGACGAUGCGCAAGAGGGCAUGAGAAAAGACAAAUCGAAAUAGUAAAUGAUUUUUAAACGAAUGAAAUAUGGCGUGCGUGCCGUCGCAUUGCGCCUAGCAGCUAAUUUAUAUUGAGACGAGACGUUCGCAAGCAAAAUAAUUGAUCAAUAAAUUACAUCAAUAUUUGUACAUAAUGUUUAUUAAGGAACUUAUUAAGGAAAUAUUAUUAGACGUUUAAUAUUUGAUGAUAUAUAUGGAUUAAGAACAGCGUUUGCACGGACGCAACAUUUAUUAUAAUAAUUAUGAUAUAUUAUUGUAUAAAGAGGAGUUAUACAAUAAUUGUUUUAGUGAAGAGUUUACCUAAAAGUAUUUCGCUUUGCGAGGCUGUGUUAUAAUUUUUCUCUUAAUUUAAAACAAAACAAAAAACUGUAACUGUUACUUUCCUCGUUUUUAAGUAUGAUCAUGCGACGAACUGAUGAGCGGAUUUGAUUGCAAAGCAAGAAGCAUUUGGACGGAUUGUUACCUGCACACAAAAAAAAUCAUAAGUCGACGAUGGCGGCGAAGAAACAAAGUAAUAAUUUUCUAAUUAUAAAAUAAACAUAAACAUAACAUUUAUACAUAUAUAUAUAUGAUUAUGACGAUAUGGGCUAAUUUUUAUACAUACGUACGAAGAAUUCAGUUGUGUUUGUGCGUGUGAUGCGUGCGGUUGCGUUUUUCGUUGUUAUUCCUCUCCCAGCGCUUGUGAUCGACGGAUGAUCUUUUGGGAAACGAAACCAAACAAUUGCGGAAGGUAAAGUGCGCGCAUAUUUGUUCCGCUCGGAACCAACUCGAACAAGUUCACCACCCAUGCAUGCCUACCCCCCGCCUCGCCCCUGUAAGAAAACAUGUCCUUGUGUACACAGAACUCUCUUAAUUGUUUUUAUACAUAUAUUUAUAAUUUAUAUAUACAUAUAGAUAUAUAUUGAUAUAUAUAUUGAAUACAAUUAUUACGCCCGUUGAUGAUGAUGAUUCCACAAUGUGGAGUGCGCGCGAUUUUGUGUGUGUGUAAAGUAAAGUGUAAUAAAACAAAUGCUGCGCGGUGGUGUUUUCGUUUCACGGUGGCGGCCGGUCUGCAAUAGAGACGGGCGCCCGGAGAUUUAUUGUAAUUAAUAAUUCGUUUUUCGACUAAGAGUGAUGCUAAACUAAUGUCGUGCGCGUCCGGUCGAGCGCGCCCACGCUGAUUUUCACAAGUAAUUGAACACUCCCUCCUUUUAUUUAUUAUUUUUGAACAUACAAGAAAGAAAUAUUAGAAUUACAUUCUUAGUGUUUAAGUAUUAUAUAAAAAAUAAACGAUAUAUUGAAAAAUUAUAACAUUAGUACCGACGCAACAUCCAAAAAACGAUUAAAACUUGUUUUCUAGA